AUGUCAUCGCUCAUCUCUAAAACAAUUAAGUACGAUCCAAAAAAGGAUAAGCUAAUCACAUUAGCAUGUGGGUGUUUUUGGGGUACGGAGCAUAUGUUCAGGAAGUACUUAAAUGAUCGCAUAGUGGAUUGCAAAGUAGGCUACGCAAAUGGUGCAGAAUCCAAAAAGGAUUCUGCUCACGGUGUAUCUUACAAGAGGGUUUGCGGGGGUGACACCGAUUUUGCCGAAGUUCUACAAGUAUCCUAUAAUCCAAAAAUCGUAACUUUGAAAGAGCUAACAGAUUUCUUUUUCAGAAUUCAUGACCCCACCACAUCGAAUUCACAAGGACCUGAUCAAGGAACGCAGUAUCGCAGCGGAUUAUUUGCUCAUUCAGAUGCUGAUUUGAAAGAGCUAGCUCAAAUCAAAGCAGAAUGGCAACCAAAAUGGGGUAAUAAGAUUGCUACCCUGGUCGAACCCAUCAAAAAUUUUUAUGACGCUGAAGAGUACCACCAGUUAUACUUGGAUAAGAAUCCUCAAGGUUAUGCGUGCCCUACUCAUUAUUUGAGAGAUAUUUAG